ACAGUUGGUUGCGGAAUUGCUUUGUGCCGACCGGCCGCCCGCUCCGGCGCAGCUAGCUGUCGAGCUACCGUACCGUUCUUGUUGUCUUCAACCAUAGAGAUGAAGUAGAUAAUUAAUUUACCAUUUGGUCUUGCACCGCUAGUAGAGUUGCACGGGCGUGUUCUGUCACCACCAAUGUCAAGUUCCCCCUUUGUCUCUCCGUGCUAACCAUUUUCAAUCACAUCAUUUAGUUCAUGACAUUACUCGUUUGAGAGUGGAUUGAACUAUUCCCGGAGCAAUUGGGGUUGACAGUGUCACUGCCCUUGUUCGGGUCGGGUGAUCUUCCCGUAGAGAGGCAACUUUUCUAUACCAGGAUUUAUCCGGAGAUAAGGACAGCUGAUUUGGGACAACAUGGCAGAUAAUGAAAAUGUGGAAAGUUCUGGGGAGAUGAUGCAGUUCGUGGAAGAGAAGGGAAAUGGUGGGGACAAUGGCCACCGAUGUCAAUCCAGGGAAUGUAAGAUCGGAUUAUCAGUCUUCUUCAUCACCAUGGUAACCAUUGCAAUAAUCGUGGGGGUUAUAAUCGGAACCAGGGUAAACUCAAAUACAGGAGAGGAAAAUGACGAACCAGAUCUAAUUAAAGAAGCAAUUUAUCUCAAGACAGAACAAAUAACCGAGCUAACAUCGCCCGGUUAUCCGGAUAAUUAUGAGGAUAUGAGCAGACAGUAUUGGGUUGCCAUCGCUCCUGAUGAAUAUCGGGUCCGGAUAGAAUUCGUAGAUUUACGAACAGAAUAUAACUAUGACCUGGUGAGGAUAGGCAGUUCGAACCAAACGGAAAUUGAUUACAUUGCUUCAUUCAGCGGAUAUGACCUACCACCUGUCAUAACAUCAUCGGGCAAUGCAUUGUGGGUACAGUUAUUCAGUGACAGCGUCACGGCUGAAUCUGGUUUCCAUGCGAAAAUCUGGGCUGUACCAGAAAGUGAUGCCGUCAUUGAAUGCGAUGCCGGAGAGAAACCAUGCAAGUACGUUCAAGAGUGCUACGGCGAAGCCCAUGCUUGUGAUGGCAGCUCUAAAUGUAUCUCUGGAAACGACGAGAUAGGCUGUGCAUGUUCGAGUCCCUUUCUGUUCAAAUGUUCCGAUGGUAGAUGUCUUAAACGUUUACGUGUAUGUGACAAUGUAGUAGACUGCUCGGAUGACGAACAUAAUUGUGAUUUUGAAUGUGACAAUGGAAUCUUCACAAUUAACAAUGUAUUCCUUUGUGAUGGAGUAAAUGACUGCACAGAUUACACAGACGAACGAAACUGUGAAUGUACGGGAGAGAAGUGGCAGUGUCCUGGCGAUGGGCCCUGCAUUUACCGGAAUAACGUCUGUGAUGAUUACCCUCAUUGCCCCGGUGGAGAAGACGAAACUAAUUGCUCGUGCCUGAGUUGGCAGUUUGAAUGUCAGAAUUCAGGAGUGUGUAUCCCGUAUUGGCAGAGGUGUGACGGAAACAAUACAUGUGGUGACGGUUCAGACGAGCAAGAUUGUCCAGUGUGUGCCGAUAAGUUGUAUCAAUGCGACUCUUUCCAAUGCCUGGCUGCAGAGAAGGUUUGCAAUGGACACAAAGACUGUUUCAAAGGAGAUGACGAGAUGAACUGUGAGAAUAAAACAAUGCCUAGUUGCCCGACUGGAGAGUUGUCUUGCUCUGGUAAAUGUUUACGACCGAGCCUCUUAUGCGAUGGUGUAAAGCAGUGCGUUCGAGGAGAAGAUGAAAAGAACUGUACUCAACCGACAGAAAUGCCCGAUGCCAGUGACUGUAUAUCGUGCAGCAGCGGGGAGUGCAUCCCAGUGGAUGCUCGUUGCGAUGGUAACGCGGACUGUACCAGUGGUGAGGAUGAGGAGGGAUGCACGACCCAAUCAUCGACAGGACGGCCAAUGACCGAUCCAAUUACUACACAAUCUCCAUGUCCAGAAGGAGAAGAUCUAUGUACGUCAGACCAGUCGUGCAUACCAAAAUCAAGAUUCUGUAAUGGUAUACGAGACUGUCCACGAGGUGAAGAUGAAGAUUCUUGCACAGAAACGGCUGAUAGCUGUUCGGAGAUGGGUGAUGGUUCGUAUUUCGUUUGCGAUGGAAAAGAUGACUGCAUCAACGGAACGGAUGAACAUUGCACUUGUGGUACCAAACCUAUGGCUAGAGCUAAGAUACUAGGAGGACAAAUCGUAAAUCAGAAAGGGGAAUGGCCCUGGCAGGUAUUACUAACCAAGUCAAACUCUACGAAAGGGGUUCACUGUGGUGGGUCAAUUAUCAACAGAAAUUGGAUUGUCACUGCGGCUCAUUGUAUAAGCUCACAAUCUGUUGGAUCAAUAUACGUCUUGGCUGGCGUGACUGAUCGUAAAGACGUCCAUGCGGAUAUCCAGUACCGAGAGUUAAGCCACGUGAUUCGACACCCUAACGCUUCGAAGGGUGGAUUCGACGUCGCUUUGGCCCGGGUUACGGAGCCUUUCACCUACAACGCCCUGGUGCAACCAGUGUGUCUCCCUGAUGAAGACAUCAUCCUGGAUCCAGGCGAAUACCUGACCGUGACCGGAUGGGGUGCUACGGGAGGAGGCUUCGAUGGCAUUAAGUUGAUGGAGGUUCGACUACCCCUAAUUCCUCCUCAAGCAUGUGAUAGAUGGUGCUAUUUCAGUCGCAGAAUCCUCGAAGAACGAAUAAUAUGCGCUGGCUACGAGCGCGGAAUGCAAAGUGCUUGCUACGGUGAUUCUGGAGGCCCCGCGGUGGUACAGAGGAAUGGAAAGUGGACAAUAAUAGGAACUGUUUCCGGUGGGUCAAUGUGUGGCGCCCCCUAUACUCCGAACCUCUUCACACGUCUCAGUUUCUACGUUGCCUGGAUACGAUCAGUUGUUCAAGAAAACUAGCUAAACCUCAACGAACUUUAUAAUCACAGAAAUAUUGUAUGCCCAGGGUCGUAUUUCACAAAACUGCUCAUAACUUACACAGUACUUAACGAACGACCAGUGACUUGUUCUUAGGUGCCUUAUCAGAUUCUAAAUCAUUGUUAUUAUUAUUUGGCAAAUGUGAGAUCCAAAAUUUGUGUCAUCUCCUAGUAGCUAUGCUUAGAGCAAGGGGGGGGGGUCUGACUUGUCUUCCAUGGGUGAGCUCCACCCUCCCCCUUCCUAUAAAUAAAGACUCGAGAAUCAUCGCACUGGGGAUGCGCUUGAUUUGUUGGUAGGCCUACGCGUUUCUUUCUCUUAUCAUUAGUAUUAUUUUGGAAGAGAAUGUACGUUUAGACUGAUAUUCACAGGUUGUCGUAACCUCGCUUGGUGCAAUAACGACGUAAUCUGGACGACUUUAUUAUAGCAUUGUCUCUUGCACAUAUAGUAAAAUGACAAUAUGAAGCAAAAAAUUAGCCUUUAAACUAAGUGCCUUUCGAUCAAGACCCGUUUGUGUAUUUUCUUAUGCAUUUUAUGAUAUACAUAUCUUGUUUUAUUUCUGUUUUGUUUUGUUGGGGAAGGGUAUGCAAAUAAAGUUUAUGUGUUUUCUAAAAUAUCAUGGCAUUAAACAGCGGUCAUAUAUAUUUUAAAUGAGACAAAAAAAAAUUACAGAAUGUACGAAACAAGGUUGUACAGCAAUAAACUAAGGGCGGUAAUAAAAACCUGUAGACGCCCUCUUUUGUUGAUGAAUAUCGUAAUAAAACCUCUUCCAACUUCUUUUUUUUUGCAGUUUGGUAUGCACUAAAACUUCAUGGAAUUGCUUUCAUUCAAAAGUGUAAAAAUAUUAUGCUGAAAAGCGAAAGCGUAUUUUCCCCCAGAAAACGGAAAUGGAAACAAUAAAUCGGAAAUUCGAAAGAUAUGUAAUUUGGACAAGCAGAAAGGAAAUUGAAAAACGGGGAUUGAUGCUAAUAAUGUACCAAAAAUGACCAUGGUGAUAUUAUUCAAUGAAAAAAAUGAUUAAGCCGCUAAGCUAUAUCUUAGGAUGAUAUAGGUAGAGAUUAAAGAAUGAAAUAUAUCCACUUUCUAUUCUUCUGCCAUUAUUAUGAAUAACUGUGAUAAUACAACUUGAACACUUAA